CUCAUUUGAAAGUGGAUGCCAGGGGGGAGGUCGCCGCCACUGCCACCGCCGCCGCCACCACCGCUCUUCUGAAAGUGGAUGCCAGGGGGGAGGUCGCCACCACCGCCGUCGCCGCUGCCGCCACCGCUGCUGCCGUCGCCGCGCCGGGGGGGGACCUUCAGCCUGUCGUCCCAGGUGAGUAUGACGCUAACCCCAUUUCUUGCAGGUGUGCAGAGUCCCUCCAGUCUUGUGUUCCUGGUAAUCAUGUCAGAAGUGCACCACUCACUUCUGACAUCAAUACUAACAUAGCAUGUGGUGUUGCAGCAGUUAUCAGACAUGUCAUUUCUCCAGUGUGCACAUGGAAAGGGACAGAUAUUGACAGCAUAGGCGUAGAAGGUGGCAAAAUUGCGAAUCGCAUAACUGAAGCUAGGCAGAAUGGUGAUGGUAAGGGUUUGUGUGAGUUGAUUGAACAGCAAAAUGUGUUUGGCAGGCAGUGGCAGGUAGCUAUUCCUCCUCCAGCACGUAGUGAUUUUAAUUGGCUGGAGGGGGACACGGUGAUGUUUGAGAAGGUGCAACAGCAUUUGUUAGUGCAUGGGUCGUGUCUGUUGGACCUCCACGGUGCAGUUAGUGCCAUUAUUCAUCAUGAUGAGUAUUUUGUGGUUGUUGAUUGUGGUACGCGUGAUGCUUCUGGGAUGGCAUCUAGUAUUGGCACGUCCGUGGCAGUGUUCAACACGUGCAUUAAUGACUUGAUGCUUCACAUUAGUCAUUUGAAGGAGUCUUUAGGUGCGAAGUGGUAUGCCGUCCAUGGCAUUUCUGUCACGGAAUGUCCAGUAGAUAGCGACAGGGAGAGUGCUACAUUGUUUGCAGGUGGGAGUGUUGACGUCGGCAUUGCAGUUAAGCUUGAGGAUAGCGUUUCAGUCAGGACAGAGACCGAUGCAAGUUCCAUCAGGGGAACUUUUCACCAAGGGGACGCUCGGUUCCAACACGGAGGGCUUCAGUGUAUGGCUGUAAGUUUGGUAGCUGUAGCAAAAAAUAGCAUUGUUAGUGUGUUUUCGUGGCAGUCCGCCGAUCUGGAUAAGGUUGUAGAGUUAGGGGACGAGCUCUACACGUCGUUGCGGGAAAGUAAGUCCAUCAGUGGGAGGUCUGAACUGCUGUGUGUUCCCGAUUUGCCCAAAGAGUCCAUUAUUGAUAGACAGAAAUUUCAGUUUGAGUAUGGUGACUAUGUUUCUGGUGAUGUUGAUGUGGUUGAGGGACAGCUUAUUGAUGCAGGUGUGUACAGCACUCUCAGGAAUGGUUUGGGAAAGAUGUGUAGCAAAUAUGACACAUGCUUUCUGACUGUGAGUGGCUCUACGUGUGCUAUCAUUAGUCGAGAUGGGCAGUAUGCAGUUGUUGACUCCCACGCACGUGGUGCUGAUGGCAUGGUAGAUGCGAACGGGUUUAGUGUUGUUGUGUAUUUUAGUUGCCUUGACUUUGUGUUUGAUCACAUUUGCAAAUUUGCUGCCGCAAUGAAAACUCCAAAACUGUUUGAAAUUGCCGGUGUUUGUGUCAUUCAUAAUAGUCCAAGUGCAACUGUGGAAAGCAGAGAGGUAGACGUUGGUUGUAGCUUACCUCUUCAGUCGCCACUUAAAGUGUCGGCUGAACAGGUAACACUUGGCAGUAGCAGCGGUCGGACAGGUGUGAAACGCAAGAUUUCAGUGGGUAGUUGUAGAUCCAAAAAGUUGAAAAGCAGGGAUGUUGAUGCGGUUAAUUCAGAUGUUUUAUUUGUCAGCCAUGUGACAAGUAAAAGUUUUGAGUUUAAUCCGCUGUGUAGUGACGUGGCAUUAGCUUUGUGCUAACAGUUGAAUGUAGAGUCGGAGAAACUUGAUCUAGUAUCGGCAGAGGUUGGUGCAUUAGGGGCCCCUUGUAGGAACGAGCAAAUAGUUGGUGAUGGUAAUUGUUUCUUUAGAGCGGUUAGUCAAGCUGUGAGUGGCACACAGAAGAAUCAUCGAAAAAUAAGGUUAGCAGUGUUUAAGCAAUUAAAGGCCAAUCCUCUAGCAUAUCAGAGUAUUUUGCGUAGUGGGUAUUCCUCAAUGGUAGAUUAUCUGAGUAGAUCGAGAAUGAGCUAUGUUGGUAGUUGGGCCACUGAAGUAGAGAUUCAAGCAGCAGCAGAUUGUUUAGGAGUAAAUAUUUUCACAUUUUGUGGUGAUCGCUGGCUUGAAUACAGUUGCAAGAAUAGGCAGUUUUCCAAUCAGGCAGUAUAUUUAGAAAAUUGCAGUAGUAACCAUUAUGAGACCGUUGUUUGUGUUAAGCAGCCUCAGAUGCAGACUUGUUAUUGUUACUGUAAAGUGAGCUCGUCUUCUUCCGGAGGGUACAAUUUUAGACGGCAAAGUAGACAGAGUAGUGUUUGUGGUGAGAGUUCAAGUCCAGUUGUAGCUUUAGGUUGUGUAGCUAAAGAAGUUAUCAAUAUUGAAGAUGAUGUUAUAGAACAGCAGCAUAGUGGUGUGUCUACGCAAGAGCAGACUUCAUUUACAUUUAACUCAAGUAAUGUUAAUUCUUCUAAAUAUUUGAAAAGUAAAAAGAAGUUAAAAAUAAAUAUAAAAUACCAGGAAAAUGCUUUGCAUAGGGAGAAAGUAAAGGAAAUUGGUAAAGUGAAAUAUAAGACAAAUGAGUUGCAUAGGAUGAAGCUCAUUGGAAAGAGUAAAAGAAAAUAUAGGGAAAAUUUUGUAUUUAAGCAUAAGCUCAUUGAAAAGAGCAAAAGAAAAUAUAGGGAAAAUGCAGUAUUCAAGCAUGAGCUCAUUGAAAAGAGUAAAAGAAAAUAUAGGGAAAAUGUAGUAUUCAAGCAUGAGCUCAUUGAAAAGAGUAAAAGAAAAUAUAGGGAAAAUGCAGUAUUCAAGCAUGAGCUCAUUGAAAAGAGUAAAAGAAAAUAUAGGGAAAAUGUAGUAUUCAAGCAUAAGCUCAUUGAAAAGAUUAAAAGAAAAUAUAGGGAAAAUGUAGUAUUCAAGCAUAAGCUCAUUGAAAAGAUUAAAAGGAAAUAUAGGGAAAAUGUAGUAUUCAAGCAUAAGCUCAUUGAAAAGAUUAAAAGAAAAUAUAGGGAAAAUGUAGUAUUCAAGCAUAAGCUCAUUGAAAAGAGUAAACAAAAAUAUAGGGAAAAUGUAGUAUUCAAGCAUAAGCUCAUUGAAAAGAGUAAACAAAAAUAUAGGGAAAAUGUAGUAUUCAAGCAUAAAGUUAAGAAGAUGAGUCAAAGGCAAUAUAGCGAAAGUGAAGUGCACAGGCAGCAUAUAAAAGUCAGGAGUAGAAGGCAGUAUUAUGGAAAUCUUGAGCAUAAGAAACGUGUUAUAGCAGGAAACAAAUUGAAGAGGGAAAAAAAUAAAGAAAAGGCAGAGGAGUUUGAUUACGUUACACAACAGUUUUGGGACAAAGUUAAAGAUGGGCCAGAUUUUGUGUGCUGCGUAUGCCACAGGGGGUUAUUUAAGAAUCAGGUUUUGAGGUGUAAAAGAGAUGACUAUACUAAAAGUAAAGUAUUACGUUUAAUUGCAGAUAGAUGUAUUAGUGAAGAGUUUUUACAUAAAUGUAAUGAAGACUGCGUAUUGCCUUGUAAAUGGAUGGAUACAGCUAGAGGUGAGCUAUGGAUUUGUAGGACAUGUCAUUGUAAGAUUAGUAAAGGUGUAGUGCCACCUGAAUGUGCAUUGAACAAUUUGACGGUUUGUCCCAUUCCACCAGAGUUGGCGUGUUUGAAUAGUUUAGAGCAACAUUUGAUCGCGUUGCAUAUUCCAUUUAUGAAAAUGUUGGCAUUGCCUAAAGGUGGGCAAAAUGGAGUACAUGGACCUGUAACGUGUGUUCCUGCAAAUAUUGUGCAGACGAGCAAUUUGCUGCCUCGUACAGACAUGGAAGGAUCUUUGUUGCCGGUAAAGCUGAAGCGGAAGUUAACGUAUAAAGGACAUUACGAGUAUCAGUUUGUUGAUAGUACGCGCGUAAGGCAGGCUUUGCGAUAUUUAAAAGGGACAAAUAUCCAUUAUAAAGAUGUAGAGUUUAAUGAAGCGUGGAUAAACCAGUUUUGUAGGGAAUUGGAUAGUGAUUGUAAUGGUGGUGGUGAAGUAGCUGCAGAUGUUGGGGAAGAUGAGCUUCUGCAUGAUAGACAACAACAUUGCAUGUUCCAGGACACUUGUCUUAUGCCUGUAGAUAUUGGUCAGGAAACACUGGAUCAAUAUUUUGAUGAUAUAUUGAAUUUGGCUCCAGCAGAAGGAAACUCUCCUGUAAGGUUGUUGUCUGAUCAUACAAAUGAGGCAAAAUGCUUCCCAGUGUUGUUUCCUAGUGGUUAUGGUACAUAUCGUGAUAGUAGACAGCAUCGUUUGACUUUGUCGCGUUAUUUUAAUAACAGGAUUUUACAUGCUGAUGGUAGAUUUGCAAAAAAUGUUGAAUACAUCUUUUUUGCUCAGUACUUAUCUGAGGUAGAACAGGUUGUGUCAAAUGUAUCAAUAGCAUUGCGGAAGGGUAAAGGAGGUGUUACAUCUAAAAAAGUUAGCAGAAGUGUAUUGAAUGAUGAAGAAUCUUUGAAAAAGUUGCUGCAGUUUGAUGAUGGGUAUCGUUUUCUUAAACCGAUUAGAGGUACCCCAUCUUUUUGGCAGGGAGUACAGAAGGAUUUGUUAGCUUGUGUUCGUCAGCUGGGUGUCCCGACGUGGUUUUGUUCAUUUUCUGCAGCUGACAUGCGGUGGAAAAAUCUCCUCAGUAGUAUUUUGAAGCAGGCAGGUAGAACAGAGACAGCUGAAGAGUUAGAAUGGGCAGAUAGGUGUCAACUUUUGCGUGGGAAUCCGGUCACUGCAGCUAAAAUGUUUGAUUUUCGAUGGCAUUGUUUUUUGAAAGAGGUGCUAAUGUCUCCAUCUAAUCCUAUUGGCAAAAUAAAGGAUUAUUUUUAUAGGGUGGAAUUCCAGCAGCGUGGAUCACCACAUGUUCACUGCCUCUUUUGGAUAGAGAAUGCCCCAAUAAUUGAUAAAAACACAGACGAAGAGGUAGUUCAGUUUAUUGAUCAGUAUGUUACAUGUGAAUUACCAGCACAGGAUGAAACAUUAUUGGACAUUGUUGCGUCUGUGCAACAACAUUCAAAACGACAUUCAAAAUCUUGUAGAAAGAAUAGAACUGUUUGUCGUUUCAAUUUUCCUAAGCCGCCAUCCUCAACAACUUUUAUUUCACGUCCAGUCCGUGAAGAGGAUGGCAAAAAAUCGUGUAAAUGUAAGGUAGAUGAAGCACAUAAAUUGGACCAUUGUGCAUGCAAAAAUGAGGGGCAGACAAAACCAGAGAUAAUGAAAAAGGAGAUUGCAGUAGCCAUUAUGACUAAAAUUAAGACAGCUCUUUCAGAUGAGAAUGCCAGUUUUGAUAGUGUGGAACAGUUGUUUAGACUUUUAGGAUUAAAUCAAACCAUUUUUGAGGCUGCGUAUGAUCGUGUAGGCAGGAAGACGCAUAUUGUUUUGAAGAGGCAGGCGAACGAGGUUUGGAUUAAUCAGUAUAGCAAACCACUUUUGAAAUGCUGGAAUGCAAAUAUUGAUAUCCAAUAUGUCGUUGAUGCCUAUGCUUGUGUAGCGUACAUUAUUUCUUACAUCUCUAAGGCAGAAAAGGAAAUGGGGUUAUUGCUAGGAAAUGCUCAGAGGGAAGCAGCUAAAGAGGGUAAUAGCAGUGCUAAAGAUGCUUUGAAACAUUUAGGAAGUGUGUAUUUACAUAAUAGGGAUGUUUGUGCUCAGGAGGCAGUGUAUAGAUUGACAAACAUGCAUCUUAAGGAGUGCUCUAGGAAAGUUGUGUUUGUGCCGGUAGGGGAGAAUACAGUUAGAAUGAGUUUGCCGUUAAGUGUGCUGAAACAAAAGGCAUCAUCACAUGAUCUUACCGAUGAAGAUAUGUGGAUGAGGAGUAUUGUGGACAGGUACAAGAAUAGGCCGAAAGAUAGUACAUUUAAUGACGUGUGUUUGGCUACAUUUGGAUCAGAGUAUCGUGUUUUGAGUAAAAACGAAAGGCCAGUCAAUAGGGUUAAAUUAGACAAUAAUUGUGGUUUUGUUGUGAAAAGAACACGUACGCAACCUGCCGUUGUUCGUUACGUGCGAUUUUCAGAGACUAAGAAUCCAGAAUUGUUUUAUCGGAGCAUUUUGCAGUUGUUCUUGCCAUAUCGUAAAGAUGGUCAGCUCAAACCGGCAGGGUUUGAGACGUUUGAGCAGUUUUAUAGUGACGGUCAUGUGAGAUUAGGUGAUGGAUUGCUACAUUCAGUUAAAGCAGUUGUCGAUCUGAAUAGAUUAAAAUUUGAAAGGGACGCAGACGAGUUAGAUGAUAUCCAAAAUUCAAUCAGUAGUGAUGGUGUUUUAGAAGAUGCCUGGUGCGAGCUGUGCCCAGAGCAGGAGUUGGAGCGUUUGGAGUGUAUAGAGGAACGUACAGAGACAGAGCAGAUAGUGGACGAAGCUGUAGAUAGUAUUCCAGAUUUAGCAGUAAACAGUAAAGAUGUUGCACAUUUAGAAAAGAGGAACAAUGUCCUCUGCAGACGUGACGGUUUGGCUUUAGUUAGGUCUCUGAAUGAGACACAGAUGUUGAUUUUUUAUCAGAUUAGGCAGUGGUGCUUAGAUAGGGUGAAUGGAAAAAAGCCAGAUCCAUUACAUGUAUUUGUCACAGGUGGCGCAGGGACAGGUAAGACGCAUUUAAUCAAGGCUAUACAAUACGAGGCAAUGAGGUUGUUGUCAAGAGGGUGUCGUGAUCCGGAUGACAUUUGCGUUUUACUAACGGCUCCUACGGGGAUAGCUGCACACAAUUUAAAUGCGGCUACUAUUCACAACGCAUUUAGCAUUGGUAUAGAUGUACGCUUACCUUACACUCCAUUGGGUGAGGAGAAGCUGAAUUCUUUACGUGCUAAAUAUAGUAGCUUGCAGCUUUUGAUAAUAGAUGAAAUCUCCAUGGUUGAUCACAAACUAUUGGCUUAUAUCCAUGGAAGAUUAAGACAAAUUAAGCAAUGUGGUGACUAUUCCCCGUUUGGAAAUGUUAGUGUAAUUGCAGUUGGAGAUUUUUAUCAGUUGCCUCCAGUGAAAGGGAAAGCUCUCUAUUUAGAUGAUGUAGGUGUUAAUUUGUGGUCUCAGUUGUUUAAGAUUGCGGAAUUGAAAACCAUUGUUCGUCAGAAAGAUCAGGUAUUUGCGGAGUUGUUGAACAGAGUUAGAACUCGAUUAAAAGGUACACCAAUGACGGCGAGUGACAUUGAAAUUUUAAAAGGUUGUGAAACAGGCGAGGUCAGCUCAGCUUUGCACAUAUUUCCGACUAAUCGUCAAGUAAAUGAGCAUAAUGUACAGCAGUUGUUUAAAAGUUGUCCGGAUUAUGUUGAGAUAGAGGCUCAGGAUUUUGUGAAUAGUAAGAAAACAGGCAAGCUGGAGUUGAUAAGCGGACAUCAUUCCAGAGCAUUUGACACGUGUCUGGAUGAGAAGCUGCUUUUAGGGAAAGAUGCGCGUGUAAUGCUGUUUAAAAACUUAGAUGUAGCGGAUGGUCUAGUUAAUGGGGUGUGCGGUACUGUGACUCACAUAGUUUAUCCAGAGAACGAUGGAAAGCGGUUUCCUCAGACGGUGUAUGUUAAAUUUGAUGAUGAUAGGGUAGGUGUACAGAAGAGGAAACGUUGUGCAUUUGCGUCGGCAGUACAAAUGGGAUCCACGGGCAUAGGACCUGAAGAGGAAAGGGUAACUAAGAAGGGUGGAAUGCGUAGGCAGUUUCCAUUGAAGCUUGCGUGGGCUUGUACAGUACACAAAGUACAAGGACUUACAGUAGAUAGUGCGGUAGUGUCGCUUAAAAAGAUUUUUGCAGCUGGACAGGCGUAUGUGGCUUUGAGUCGGGUUAGAAAUUUGUCAGGGUUGGUAAUUAGGGAUUUUAAGGAGAGCACUAUCUAUUGUAAGGAUACAGUUAAAGAUGCAAUUGAAAACAUGCCUCCCUUCAUGAUCGAGAAUAUUUCAAGGAACAAAUUCACAAAUACACAGACCUUUACUGUGUUUUUGAUGAAUGUGCAGAAUUUGACACAACAUGUAUCUGAUUUGGCAUUGUGUACACAGCAUUUGCAGCUUAACUGCAUUGCUGUUACAGAAACAUGGCUGCCUGCAGUUUCCUCAUUUGAAACUGUCAACAUGGAUGGUUAUGCUUAUCAUAACCAGCCAAGGAAUUUAUCCUACAGUAGCAGCAACCCAAUAUUGAUCGAAAUUCAAGGCCAACAACAUGGUGGAGUUGGCCUAUAUAGUGCAGACAAUUUGGCAUGUAAUGUUCUCCCAGUACCAAAUGUAAAUUUAGAAUGUUUGGUUUACCACUGCACUACAUACAGCAUAUUGAUAGCAGUAAUUUAUAGACCACCAUCUUAUCCCAUGACUUUGUUUAAAGAAAAUUUAGGCAAAUUACUUGAUUGGCUGAAUACAAUAAGUGAUACAAUUGCAGUCAUGGGAGAUUUCAAUGACGACAUUUUGAAGUCAUCGUCAAUCGCCAAAUUUAUGACAAAUAAAGGGUUUGUUCAAAUUGUCAAACAACCCACAACAGAAAACGGCACACUAAUUGAUCAUGUGUAUGUGAGAACAACACAUUAUGAUGUUGAAUCAUUAGUGUUGUCAACUUAUUUCAGUGACCAUGAGGGGAUCAUGUGUUCUUUUGCAUGUAGGACAUAGAAGAGAGGUUAGGGAAAACAGCAGUAAUAUUUGUAGUAAUUGUAGUAGUAGUAGUUUAAUUAACGUUUUUUAAAUGUAGUUCUUUAUAUAUGCAUAUUUCCUUUUAAGAGUUUUGUGUCCUAUGUU